UUGUAAUUUGCUUUCUCAGUUGGUAAACAAUAUAAACCGUGUCUCAUUAAAUAUAUCCUAAGGUAGAAAAAGGUCUGACAAGGUUGUUUUUGUCAUUUCAGACAGCCCCGAAAUGUCUCAAUUAGUUCCAUUGGAAGCUUUCGAUUGCGAGGGAGAUUCCGCUUCUGUGGGUUUACGCUGGGAGAAAUGGAAAAGAGGAUUAGAAAUUUACUUGCAAGCCAGUAAUAUAGAUAAGCCAGUAAAGCAGAGGGCUACUCUCCUACAUGUUGGUGGUUUAGCAUUGCAAGAUAUUUUCUAUAAUCUUCCUGGUGCGUCUGUAGAUGAAGAUGGUUCAAAUAAUGUAUACGAAAUUGCAAUUGGAAAGCUUAACGAUUUUUUCACCCCAAAACAAAACCGAUUUUACGAGCGACACAUAUUUAGGUCAAUUAAACAAGAGUCUAAUGAAAGCUUUGAAAGAUUUUUAGUACGACUUCGACAGCAAAGUGCCAAGUGCAAAUUUUCUUCAGAGGAAGACCAAAUAAUUGACCAAACUAUUGAGAAAUGCUCGUCUAGCGAACUGAGAAAGAAAUUAUUAACGUUAGGCGAUUCAAUAACCCUAGAAAAAAUAGUUUCAGAAGCAAACGCUUUUGAGAGUGUCGAAAGACAGCUCAAUGAAUUCAAACCAAGCUUGACAAUAAACAAAAUCGACACCAAUGGCUCAAUGCCAACACCACCUGCAUGCACCAGGUGUGGUAAACAAAAUCAUAAGCCCGAUAGCUUGAACUGCCCUGCAAAAGACAAAACAUGCAAAAAAUGCGGCUAUGUCGGUAUUUUUUUUGCACAAUGCAGGACAAGAGCGAGUAAGCGCAAAAAUAAACAGAACUCUCGCGCCCCGAAUAAGAAAAUGAAAACACACGAUAAAAAGGAACAUGAAUCUAAACAGAGUGACAAUAAUUCGGAAAUUGACUACAUCUUCCACAUGGACAAUACGGAUGAAGAUUCUAUUGUAAAAUGUCAAAUAGGCGGGGUAACGACAGAAUUUCUGAUUGAUUCUGGGAGUAAGCAUAACAUUAUUACCGAUCAAACAUGGACUUACCUAAAAGAAAAUAAAAUUGUAAUUACCAACCAACAGAAGUCACCUGAAAAGAAUUUCAAGGGCUAUGCCUCCAAUAAAUCUUUAACCGUAUUAGGAGCUUUUGACGCAGAGAUAACUAUAGGCACUAAUACUCAAACGGCUACAUUCUAUGUAGUAAAGGAUGGCUCUAUCAAUCUAUUAGGCAAAUACACUGCAAAAUCCCUGAAAGUUCUUAAAAUAGGCCUGGACAUAAAUGCGAUCGAAGAUAUGUCUUUUCCGAAGUUCAGGAACGUAGAACUAGCAAUAGCCAUCGAUGAUUCGGUCAAGCCGGCCCUAAUCCACCGGUUCCUAUGAAACGUCGGGAAUUCCCCACACAAGCAUGGCUAGACGUAGCCAUUGACUAUUUAGGUCCUCUUCCAAGUGGCCACUACUUGUUUGUCAUUGUAGACUAUUUUAGUCGGUAUACAGACAUACGUGCAAUGAAAUCCAUAACAGCAAAAGACACUAUUGCUACACUAAAAGAAAUUUUUUCACGAGUAGGUACCCCUGCCACCAUAACAUGCGAUAACGGCAGGCAAUUUGUCUCUGAAGAAUUUAAGUCAUUUUGCCUAGAACAAGGCAUCAAACUGUUUCACACAAUUCCACAUUGGCCUCAACAAAACGGAGAAGUAGAAAGACAAAAUAGAAGUAUUCUCAAAAGGCUAAAGAUAAGUCAAAUUCAGAGGACUGAUUGGAAAGAUGAUCUUCUACAAUAUCUAACGAUGUACAAUAGUACACCACACAGUACUACAGGAAAAACCCCUUCAGAACUAUUUUUUAACAGAGUUUUCAAAGAUAAAUUGCCAUCGUUAGUACAUUUAGGAAAUGAGCCAGAAAUAUCUGAAACAAGAGAUAAAGACAAAGAGAGAAAAGAAAAAGGAAAAAUUAACGAAGAUAGAAAAAGGAGAGCUCAGGAAUCUGAUAUUGUAAUUGGUGAGAAAGUUUAUGUAAAGAACUUCGUGAAAGAGAAUAAAUUGACACCUACAUUUGAUCCAACGCCACACACAGUCAUCAGGACUAACGAUAAUGAAGCAGAUGUUAGAAACGAUUCUACAGGGAAGGAAUAUAGACGUAAUGUUAUACAUCUCAAAAGGACUGAAGGCAAAUGGAAUAUAUAUAAAAACUCUAAUACAAAUGAGAUUGAGCAGGAUGACACAGAAUGUUUAGUUGAUUAGUAAAUAAGUUAAUAAGAAGAAUUUAUGUUGUUUUGUUAAGUACAUUUAUUUGUUAAAGACUGUUCAUGAGAAGUUUAAGUCUGACUAGUUAUUACAUUUAUUUUAUUAUUCAAAUUGUUAAAAGGAAAAUGAUGUGGUAUUCUAAUAAAUAUAAUGGUACGAAGUGGGCAACACCUGUGG